GGUUUUACAUUUCCUUUAAAACAGAAUUUUACCAUUUUUUACCAUUAAUACAGUCAUCACAUUAUUGUUUAUCAUCAUCUUCAUUUUCAAAGACAUUGUUACCCCAAGGAUUGUGGAAAGUCAUGGGAAUAAUAACAUGGAAAUAACAAUCUUGAGGAACAUCAAAGUAAAUGCAAGAGAAGAGGAAUUGGACCAUUAAUACCAGUUGCUGUCAGCGUUCAGUGUAUAGUUAUACUUGUGAUUUUAGGUCCAGGGGCAAAGUUCAUUUAGUGUAGUGAAAAUUUAUCAGUCCAAAGUUGGAUGUGAAAGAAUGAGGAGUUGAUAUUGUGAUCAUUUUCAUAAUCAUGAUUGUUGCAAUGUUAUGAUUUUAUUAAUGUUAUUUAGUAUUUCUAUUAGUACCUCACACCUCAAGGAACAUGCAUUCCAUUAUUUUAUUUUAUUUUACAUUUUUUGGUUUGUUUUGUAUUUAUGAUUUUUUUUGGUCAUUUCAUGUUUUUAUAUUUGGUUUUCUUUCCUGUAACACUACCAGAUAACAUAAGAAUAUCAUGAACUUUUGAGUCUCAAGUAUGAAAUAAAAAGACACUUUUGACUACAUUCAUUGAAAACAACAAAUCUGUACUUGCUAAAAAAAGGAAUGAAUUGAUAGAUAAUGGAGAAAGCAAGAAAAGCAAAUGAAUACUUUUAGUAUGUUUCUGCUCAUAAGAUUAUUUUAGUCUUCUUUGCCUUGUUGACCAGACUACAUGCACUCUGAUCCUUGAAUUUCAUGUGAUCCUUAGUCAUAUUACUACACAACAUAUUGCUAUAUUGACUGAAACACACACAUUUUGAAAUUCAUAGAUUAUUUUUUUAAGUGUUUGUAUGUAGAAAUUACCCUAAAGUAACUGAUACUACAGAAUUGAAUAACUGAGUGAUUCCUUGUCUUAUGACUGAGUAACUUACAUCCGCUUCUAAAUUUCCAAUUUUUCAAUAGAUGGGAGAGCGACAAUAUACGAUACAGGACGGCAAUAUGCCUGAUGAGGAGGAUGACCCUUACAAGUUUGAAGAGGAAGAACUCGAUCGUGCUCGUGAAGAAGCGAAGAAGCUCGAGGUGGAGAGACAGCGGAAGGCCUCGGUUUCCUCAUCUGGGGUGUCUGACCGGUCGCCCCUCAACCACAGCUUUGACUCUGACCGCUCUCCUGCAGCCUUCUCUUCAGAAGGGGAGCGCUCGCCUAUGACUAGGUCUCCUCACACCCCAGGUUUUGGUGCCAAGCAGUUCUCGCCAGUCCCAGAAAAGUCCCCGAGUGUGCCUGCAUACUCGCCUCGAUAUGAGAAUGCUCUCUCCAAACCGUUCCCUUCAUAUGAUCCAGAGAAGGCAAAGUAUCAGGCUAAUGGGGCCAUUACUGUUGGAUUUUACCAAGACAUGACUGAUAAACCUGCAGGGGACAGUACUGAAAAGCAGACUACUGAACCCAAACCAACAGAAUCACCAGUAUACAGUCCUACAGUGCCAUACAUGAGCUCCUUUUACUCUAGCAAGGCUGAUGCUAGCAAGAAACAAAAGUCCCCAGCUAGCUAUGCCAGUUUCUACAGUUCAUCAGAUACCACUCUGGAAAAAGCCAAGACUCCAAACUACUAUUCGGCUUCUGCUCCAGCCACACCCACAGAUAAGCCGUCCCCAGCACCUUUGACAGCAACUGAGCCAGCAGAAAAGACCAAACCCCAGUAUAGUUACUAUUCUUAUGAUCCAACAAAGCCCCUUACUGAUCAGUAUAAGAGCACUGGCUCAGUGCAGCCCGCACAGCCUCAAAAGAAGCCCCCAGGCUACUACAACAGCCAUGAUGGGGUGAAAAAGCAGACUCCAACACUAUCACCAGCAGCCCCAACUGGUCCUCUGACUCCUACCUUGGCAUCCCCAGUGCAGGUUGGAUUAACUACACCUGCCCCACCAAUUCAGGAAAAAUCAGAAAUGCAACCAUUGAAAAAGAGAGCAGCAUUAGACAAAGGUUGUCAAGAUUUCCAAAAUAAUUCCAGUGUGACAGCUGCAGCAGUCAGUCCAGUUGACAGCUCAGCGGCUCAAUGGGCAGGUCGUAAAUCUGCAGAAGAUAGUCCAGUGGCUCGAAAUACAGCACCUCCAAAUGUGACAGUUCCCUUUUCUCCUCAUCCCUCAGCACUGCCAGCCAAUCUUGCCAACUUAUCACAGAUUGUGUCACGCAUCACAGAGCCAGAAGCGAAUAGACCAGUUCCUGAUAAGGAGUUGUCCAAAUCACCAGCUGAACCUCCACGAGCACCUGCAGCAUUUCCCAACCCUGAGCCUGCCAUUGCAAAAUCUUUGCCACCUACUCCAUUUGCUGUUGCGGGAGGGCAGACUCCAACACAGGUUCCAGUGUUAGACAUAGAGCGCAGUGGUAUAAGUGCUGUUAAUGAUUUGACAGACUUGCAUCAGCAGAGUUUGAAUCUGGCAAGUCGUGUUCAACCAGCAGAAUUGGCUCGGCAGAUUGAAGCUGACCCUAGAUUACAAGAUCGGUCAAUGCAGCCUAAUUAUCAUCAACAGAUCACAAGUCCUCAUAUGCAAACACAGCCUGGCUUGAGCUCUCCGCAGCAGAUAACCAAACCCCCACAGACUCCACAGUCUCAAAUCCACAGUCAUUCUCAGCCUCCUAUAGCACACCAAAAGCCUAGUGAAGGAAGUCGUCCUUCCAGUCGUGACUUGCCACCUGCUCAUGCCACCGAAAAAUCACAUAUGUAUCUCCAGCAAAAGAGUAUGUGGACUUCCAGUUUAGCAACUAGUUUGGCCAACAGUCUUGCCUCCAGUUUACCAUCAAGUAUGGUCACUAGUCUAGCAACUAGUUUAGGAUCGUCUUUGGCUACUACAUCAGUCAUUGCUUCGCUGCAAAAGAUGGGUUCAUUACAGGGAGACCGCCUGACACAAGACAGACUAACACAAGAGCGCUUAGCGCAAUUAGACCGUGCAGCUUUAGCCUCACUGGCCAGUCGAACUGGACAGGCAAAUCUGUUUUCACAUGAACUUUUACCUCGUGGAUCAGUUGCUGCAAGUCAGACUCAGGUUGGUACUGGUCCAAGUAGUGGAAGUUCAUCAGGUGGUGGUAGCUCAUCAGGGACUCCAGUGUCAGCAGGGCGGUCAGCCUCUGGCUCCAGUUCUGGUACAGGAGGAUCUACACCAGCAGCCACUGGUAAUAGUGUGGAGUUGGGUUUAAGUCGUUCCUACACCAACAUGAUGACAGGCCAGUCAUCACCACUCUUUGGCCGAGGGGAAGGUGCUCUUACUCCUGGAUCUUUACCACGUCCACUCUCUGGUUCCUCAUCUCCAUUCCUGUCUCAAUCACCAGGGUUAAGUGCUCUUGGUCUUCCUGGAGCUCCUCGCACUCCAACUCCAGCUCAUCAGCAGUCUCAUCAAAGUCUCUCUAGCCUCAGUCAGGGUAGUUUCCCAUCUCUUCCAAGAGAUCCAAGGGACCCCAUUUCUCAAUCCCAUCCAUCACUACAAAUUCCAAGUCUUAAUUCUAUAUCCUCAAGUCAAGCGCAGACCCUCAGUCAUCUCAAUGCGGCGAACUUGGCUUCCUAUUCUGGAAGAGACUCCUUAGCGCUCAUGAACCAACAAAGCCGAGGCGCUUUAGCUGGUGGCUUAGUGGAUCCCACCUCUCAGCUUUACCAGCAGUACCUUCAGCAGAGACAAGAGGAACUAAUCUUAAGGUCUGCUGGAGCACACCCCUCACAUCUGGCUGCCCACCAGUCUAUGAUGAUACAGCAAGGCCUGAUGAGUGCAGCUGGUUUCUCCUCUGGCUACCCUCCUUCACUUGGCCUGAGACCAGGCUCGUACCAGGGCAUGAAUCGCCCCUGGCUCUAAUGAUGGAAUCCCACCUCACAACACAGGCGUCCCACUUUGGCUUGAAAACAGCCCAUCACUUUAUCUCUUCAUAUCUUUGGGUUUAAGUUACAACCAAUGUUUUUGUGGUUUGAUUUGAUUUUGUUUCUGAUGAAUGUGGCAAAGCAUUUUCAUAGUGCAGCAGCCAAGUGCAAUAGGUUAAGUUCUUUUCUGUUGUCUUAUAGAGAACUAUUUUUAUAUUUACUUAUAUCAGUAUUUAUAGACUAUUUUUUAUUUAUUUACAGUUUUGCAGGCAUUUUUUAAAGAUACAUGUACCCUGUCAAAGUUGUUUUGUUGUGAUUUAAACUUUAUGCAAAUAGAAGAGAAUGUUCGCUGCCAGUGAAAAAUUGAUUUAAACAUAACUUCUUAUGUGCCACUUGCUAUGCAGGCAGCUUUUCUUAUCACAAAACAGGGGGCUUAUUGUACAAAAUUGUCAUUUUAAACACUGAAUGACGAGAUGAAUAUUGAGGUUUAAAAGCAGCUCUAAAAUCUGUAUUGGACUAUACCAAACUACCUGGUGGGAUGAUGUGGUAGACAACAAAAAUUUCACUUAUGAAAAUCUUGAUCCAGGAGGCAAUGUUGUCAGAUACUCAAUACAUUAUUAAUUUAGCCCUAUAAUGUACCUGAAAAGACCUGGAUAUGUGUUUUUAUGCCGACUUGCUUUGGUGUUGUGGACUAAAUUAUAAUGUGAUCAGUAUAUUGGAAAAGGUUCAGCGAAAGCCAGUGGAAGGCAUCCUUUGUUGGAUCUCAAUUGUCUACCCACUGGAGUGGCAGGUGUGGGGUGCAAGCCAACCAAGUACAAAACCUGCCUCAGGGUGAUUUCUCCCCCCCCUGGUGGCCAACUAUUACUGUUAGCCUGAUGUUAUGGUGUUGCUAUGCAGACCUUGAAAAUAGGGAGCAUUUAGGAUGCUGUAUUUCAUUUUAAUCAAGAACAAUAUGUAAGAUGCAUAAUUAAGAUUAGUCUGCACUUUUGCUUACUUCUCAAGUAAUGAGAGUAUUAAUGUGUUUUGUACUUUGCAUAAUCCACAGGGAACUUGUGCUAGACUUUUUUUUAAGGAGUACAUGUGUACUUUCCCACAUUUAAAAUUUUUCUCUUUUCAAAACUAACUUUUAUAUUUUUAAAUAUUUCCUUUUUUGGGAUUUUAGGAAAUUUGAUUGCAAACAUCAUUGGACAGUGUUUCAGUCCCUUUGUUCGGAUAGGUUAAUGAAAAUCAAAUUUGUAGCAAGGUCAUUUUGGUCUGGUUGUCUCCAAGUACAGAUAUAACCAACACCCGCCGUCAUCUACUUGGUACAUCAUCAGUGCCAUCCAUCAUUCUGUAAAUUCUCAUACCCACUCUGUACAUUAGGUAUACCUCAUAAGCCAUUCAUCCCAUAGAAGACCAUCUCACCUACCAUACACAGCAGUUACACCAAUAUCCUUUUUUCCUGAAUUAAUCCAUUAUAACCCCUUGCCUCCUUAGGACUUAAGUAUUUAAAGUACUGUAUGAAGGUAAACCAAACUGAAACUCUUGACACUCAUAGGGAACUAAAGCAUUUCACCUUAAAACACAGGAUGCAACCAACGUGCUGACUCAAAAGAGUUAGUUCAUCCUUCCGAACAGAAAUUGAUCUCUUGACACUCCAAAGGUAGCCUUGAAUGCCUCAACUCCCCUUUCGCCUUCUGGACUAGGGAAGGUCGACAACAAAAAGCCGAUGUGGUUUGUAAUUUUUUAUUGACGGUGAAUGUGUUUUGUGUGCGUGCGUGUAUGUACGUAUGUAUGUAUGUAUGUCUGUAUGUCUGUUUGUAUGUAUGUAUGUUUGUAUGUAUGUAUGUUUGUAUGUAUGUAUGUAUGUAUGUAUGUAUGUAUGUAUGUAUGUAUGUAUGUUUGUAUGUAUGUUUGUGUACAGUAUGCAUGUCAGCAUGUUUUGUGUGUGGAAGGACUUGUCUACCACAAUGUCAGAAUAUCAGUGUUUCAGUGUUAGUAUUGCGGCCUGUUAGUACCAUUGCCUGUGUACACCAGAUUGUUAGUACUGCAGAUUGUUGGUGCAAAUAUUGGCAAAAAAAUCUUCUUCCUGACUUCACUUCCUUUCUUUGUCAUGAAUGCAGUAUUGUUUACUGGACUAAUAGGUAAAUUUUAUACGAAGCAUACCAGCCACUUUGGUUUUGGUAUAGUUUCUUUUGAAUAAACAAGGUUUUUUAAAGCAUUUUAUUCUCUAUUUGGUAGCCAUAUGUAUAACAGACAAAUGCAUCCUCAUUCACUCAGUCAAUCAUCACACUCACUUGUCAAGAAUGAGUAAGCAUUGUUUUUAUUUGUAUAAAUUACUUCUUUUAUUUGAUAUACACAUGUACCACAAACUUUCUAUCAACCUGUAUGUACCCCAGACUUGUGUACUAAAGUGUAUCCCACCGGGCGGAGUGUAUAGCUGCAGCAUGGGGUGUACAUAGCCUAUUUUUGAACUAUGUGUACAAAUUCGUGAAACUGUGUAUAUAAUAUGUAUAUAUAUGACAAAUAAGAAAUAAAUGCUGUUUAUAUA